AUGCUAUCAAUACUUCCAAGACUCAUUGAGACACACUCGUCAUCAGCGACACUCAAGAAGACAAGAGGCCGACCACGAGAUGCGGCUCCCGAACCCCAGCUGCUGCAACAGCCGCAGCAAGAGCCGGUGCGGCAAAAUGUAGUGUCGGCCCCGCUGCGCUUGCGCAAGUCGCCGGGCCGUGGCUUGUCACCACCACCCAUCACCGAUGGGCAGCGCGGUCGCAGUGUGUCGGCCCAACCACCACCAAUUACCACUGGCCCCAGCCAGCUACACUCUCGGGCUCAUGCACAGCUUGGCUAUGUUGCAUCGAUUAGCACAGAUCCAAGUUCGCGCUCACAUUCGACACACUCCAGUGAUGGCAACGAUGCACAGAGCCCGAACUUCGCAGCAACCCUGGCCCAACGGCGGAUGAGCUGGCUUCCUGGAGUUAGCGGCGGCAACGAAUCCCACAUCGACUACAACAUUGAUUACUUGAUGAACUGCCAGAAGGUUCCUGAGCUUUGGGACGACAAUGGCAACCUUUAUGUUUACCUUUCGCCUCAGAGCGAAGGCCAGGGUGCUUCUUUCAAAGUGCGCAUGUCCGUCAUCGAGGAAUCGCGCGUCCUCAGUAGCAUCGUCCAAAGCCAAGCCUCUUCACCAGCCAGCGCUCGAUCUCGUGCCCGCAGUUUUGGUGGUCGCGAUUCUCUUACGGCAGCCGACGCCCACCGCAUCGCCUCACCACCGAUGUCGCCACUCCUGUCCACCGGGAACGAGUCCCGCCUGCAUUUGCCCUCCAGCAGCUACAACGGUCUAAACGGUGCGCCUGACGUAGAGCGACUGAUUGCUCUUCGCAAUCUGUUCGCUCUUUUGACCGGCCAACCUUUGGUCGCCACGCGCAACUUUCCAACUGUGUUUGCAGCGCUGACGCAGGUGGCUGAACUGCUUCGCGAGUUUGAAUUUGGAUUUGCUUCUGGCAACAGCAACUCGUUUGGUGACGCGGUCGACUUGAGCACAGGCUUUUACAUUGACCAGGCUGCCCUUGCAGACUUGCGGCACGGUCGCGAGAAGACUUUGGAGGCUCUUGUUAUUGGCGAGCAGCUACGCUUUUGGCCGCUGUAUAACGAAGCGUUCUGUCACGCCGUGGGCAAGUACCCAGCGCUUUGCGACCUCAAGUCGUCGCCCCUCUGGGAUAGAGUCUCUCCCUACACCCUGCAGCGUCUCGAGCGUGCUCACCUUGACCUACUCACUCGGCAGCACAGUGUCAACACGCGGCUAGAGCAGUUUGAUUUCCCCAGUUUGUUUGCUGGUGUGGCAAACUCCACGUCCAACCCCGACUACCGCAACAUCCGCUUCAAGAACUGGCGCACUGCCUUUGUCGAGAUGCGAGCAUUUGUUCUCAGAUAUUACAAGACGCAGUUUGGUAGUUGGCCUCCGAAAGCAAGCAGCCGUCGCAACCCCUUCUCGGAGAGCGGUCUGAAUCGCCUAGUCCUCAAAACGCUUUAUGCCGAUCUUUGCUCUGUGUACGACUUGCUCGUGAACCGCAAUUCAAUCACCACUCGGGUAGGUGAAGAUGGAAACGGUGCAUCAGCCGCUCCUUCUGCCGUUCAACUGCCGACGAACGGGCCCCCGGCAGAUGCACCAAUUAUGGCUCUUCGCCAGAUCCUCAACGAGUUUGAUCAGUCCUCGCCACCCGUUCUACCACCAGUGCCUUUCGAUACUCCGAAGCUGCCGACCAUGGCAACGAUUCACGAGACCUACCCUGAUAUGGCUCCGAAAGACCAAGCACGGUUUGACAAGAACGUUCAACCUUACGAGCUCCAGCUGGUACUCCUCAAAUCGCACAAUGUCGAUGCCGAACGUCCUAAUGAGUCUCCAUUCCUAGCUGCUUUUGAGGCCUUUGAACUCCGGGAGGCUAAGCGAGGCAAGUCGGAAGCCGAGUUGUCCGAGAUGCGAAUCGGCCAUUGGUUGUUCCUUUAUGUCGUCCUGCAGUCCAUGCCAAUGCUCGUCAUUGAUGCCCCUGGCCUGCGCCAUACAGAAGGAGUUGAGUACUUUUUAUGUGAACCACCUCAGGGGCGUGCUCCUUGGGUCGAAGACGCAGGGGAGGUGCGGAAAGCUUGGUUCCAGACGGCCGGAGGAGCUGGCCCUCUUGUGGAGCUCUCAGCAGAUGUGCUUCUGUACUCAGUCGAGGCUACGUACCACCGCUCGCACUGCUGGUUAGCGGCCAAAGUUUGGAGCACGGAAGCUGCGAGAGGAUCGAUCUCGAACGCAGGCGUUACACCAGACGAUCUAGUCCUCGCCCAGGGUACAGAAAAUGUGGAGGCCGCGGCCGCAGCGGGCGUGCCCUUCCCUAUUCACCCUGUGACACUGCCGGAUGUCCCCAAUGGCUCCUCCCUUGGCAUGUCCUCUUCAUCACCUUCUCUUGUCACGAUGGCCACGCUAGUUUCGGCUGCGGAUUCAGGUGCCAAUGCGUCCACCACAUCUUCGCCCCGUUUUCAACCCACCAACUACGACGAAAAUGCCGAUCAUGACACCUCGCCCCGGUCCAUGUCACCUUCGAUGCUUCCACAGAAGCAAGGCCAAUACUCGCCACAGCUGCAGCCCAUGCAGCAACUCCAGCCACCUGUGAAUUUACCAUGGUCCCAGACGCGCGACAACUAUCAGCAGCUGCAAGACCGGGCUCAUCUGCGCCAUGCCAGCAUCGGCUGGGCCUUGGAGCCUGUGAACCUCGGCGACGAUGGCCAUCCGCUUCCGUUCAACCAGCAGAACCGCAACAGCUACCAACCCUCUACGCGCCGCAUUGCGUCGGCUGGCAACCUGCGAGCCAUGGUAGAGGCCAGCGGCAACGCAGUUCACCAACGAGACGAUGCCAAUGGUGGUGGCCGAGGUGCGGAUACCAAUACCAAAAGCACAUACAAUGCCGAGAGUACGUUUGAUGCCAUCCUCGGCAACAUGGACGCAAAUUCCUCGCUCGCGCCGAAGAAAACCAAAAAGCGGAACUCUUUCUUGCCCUUUAUGUGA